AUGUAAGCCAAAGGAAAACCUAUAUAUUAAUAAUCCAUUUUUCAUAGGAAAUUUCGUAAGUACUCAAGAGUAGUGAUUGAUAUGUCAAUAAAAAUAGAAAAACACAUAACUGAAUCAUCAAAAAUCUGUUUCAACAUUGCUUUCAUUUGUGCAGAGAGAAAAUAGAUAAGAUAAGACCCCCUUUUUUUACAAAUAAAUUUGCUGCUUGCUUUCAUUCAUUCAUGCCUUUCUGAUGGAAAUUUAAAAGGAUUAUUAAUUAAUGCGGCUAAUUAGAUAAACUGCUAGGCUGCCAGUUAGUAAUAAGAAAUAAACAGGAGUCGCUGA